CAGUUGGCUGCACAGCACCACACGAACGCACAAACCACACGGUCACCACAUAACAACAGCUAUACACAAAUUCAAGCAGCUCGCUAGGUAAACAGCUUAAGGAGUCCCGGCACAAUGCGGAACUGCGCCUUAUUUGGAUUAUAUGCGCUGCUAAUCGUCGCCUGCUACUUGGACGCAACAGUUGGCCAGCCCCUGAAGGAGGAAGAUGCGGCCAGGCCGGAGGCACAGCCAGGGGCGGCAAGCGGAGCACGCGUUGCCAGACAAAUCGGCUUUGGAGGCUAUCCGUCGUACUAUGGCAGCGGGUAUGGAGCCUAUGGCGGUGCAUUGGGUGGCAUUGGCGGCUAUGGGGGUGCCAUUGGCGGACUUGGAGGCAUAGGAUAUGGCGGAUAUGGCGGUGGAUAUGGCGGUUACGGUGGAUAUGGUGGAUAUGGAGGAUAUGGUGCUGGCAUACGUAAUCCUUAUUAUCCUUAUGGCAGUACGUACGGCGGUGGCCUAUUGGGCAGCGGAUAUUAUGGUCGUCCUUAUGGUUAUGGUUAUAGUUAUGGAUAUCCGUUCUCCGGCAGUUUCGGCAUCUCCCAGCUAUCGCCAUUCAUGUGAAACCAAAUUGUCAAUCGAAAUAUAUAUGUAUAUAGAUUUACGGUGGAAAAUUGAGUCCAAA